AUGGUGUGUGAUCUCCCGAUUACUCCUUAUCCAACACUGAAAUUGAUAGGUGUGGCACCUUUCUUGACGGCUACUCAUGAGAACCAUACUCGAAUGCGUCGCCUGUUUUCUCCAGCUUUCUCGGCUCGAUCGCUCAAAGCUCAAGAACCUCUCUUCCAAAGAUAUGCAGAUCUUCUGAAGUACAAGGUUUCGGAAGUGGGUCAGGACGGCAAGAAGCCCAUCGAUAUUGGAGAGCUACUGAACUUUACUACCUUCGACGUCAUGGCUGAGCUCACUUUCGGUCAGAACUUGAGAAUGCUGGCGAAGACUGAGUACAGCCCAUGGGUGGCAUCUAUUGUCGGUUCUCUCAAGAUGUUACCUCUGGUGGCCAUGAUCAACUACUACCCAUUGCUGCGAAUCAUCCUUUUCGAACGAUUCCAACCAAAGGUUAUUGCUGAGCAGAGGAAAGCGCACUGUGCGUUUUCGGAAGAGCUUGUGAACAGGCGACUGAAAGUGGGAUCAGAUAAGCCUGAUGUGUGGAACCUCGUCCUAGACGAUAAGAGCAAAGGCCCAGGCAAAGGCCUCACGCUGGAGGAGAUGCAUUCCAACUCUGAAGUGUUUAUGUUGGCCGGUUCAGAAACGACUGCCACUCUUCUGAGCGGAGCCAUAUACUACUUGCUGAAAAACCCUCGCAAAUUCGACACCCUUGUUGAGGAGGUCAGAGGUUCAUUCAGUAGCGGCGACAAGAUGACUCUUGAGAACCUGGGUAGCCUGAAAUACCUGAACGCAUGUCUCAAAGAAGCGCUCCGCAUCUAUCCUCCAGUGCCGAUAGGUAGUCCCCGUAUAACACAACAGGGUGGUCAGAUGAUCCUUGGGAAAUGGAUCCCCCCAGAUACACGGGUUUCCGUUCACCACUGGUCAACUUAUCACUCAGAGUCUAACUUUACCGAUCCCCACAGCUACGUCCCCGAGCGAUGGCUGGGGACGGACCCCAAGUACGCUGCCGACUCAUUUAACGCUCAUCAGCCAUUCGGAUAUGGGUAUCGAAACUGCAUUGGGCAAAACAUGGCAAUGCACGAGAUGAGAUUGAUCAUGGCCACCCUGCUUUUGACAUUCGAUCUGGAGCUCUGCGAAGAAAGUAAGAACUGGGAAGAUCAAAAAUCCUUUGCGCUAUGGAUCAAGGACCCGCUGAUGGUGCGGGCAACUCCGCGAGUUGGAGAGAAAGCUGAAGAAUAA